GCAGAAACCGACAGAUUAUGGCGUUCUGAAGACAUCGAGGCAAACUGCAAUUUGGACGGCAGGAAUAGACUUGGAGGAUACGUCCUUGACCAUGUACCUCGAAACUCCAGCCUUUACCGCUUGAUCUAUGGCAAUGACCCUUUCCGUCAGUGGGUGUCGGCCGUGAACGCCGAGGGGCCCAUGUGGCCAUCGGAUUUUCCAAUCGAAGUUCGUGAGUAUGGGAAGGAAAGCAGAGGAAUGGGAUGCCAUCCUGAUUUGCAGAUGUACAAGGUGCCGCGCAAAGAUCUGGAAUUUGCUUUCACGGUUGACAACGACUCACGCUGCAAUGUGAGCUUCUGGGACGCAGCGGGCAAGUUGCACCUGGUCCAAACCAAGCCAAAUUCCCUCAUGAUGGUUGGAGUCAAUGCCGCGACGCAUUGUGUUUCAUCAACAGACGGUGGAACGCGCACGAUAUUGAAAUUUAUAUAUGUUGGAGAUUAUCGAAAAUCCAACGAGUUUUGGUCGUACACGACGAACGAAUGCGAUGAGGACAAUCCAAAUCGCCAAAUGCUCAGUGAUCGGAGGACCCUCAGAUUACGAGAGGCAGGGUUUCAUGCUGGGUUCAUGCUUGUUGUUUUCACCGGAGAAUGUCCUGUGCCCAUCACCAUCCGCCGCAGGCGCGAUCUCUGGAACUCUGAGCAAAUGCUUAGUCCUGAAGAUCAAAAAAGUCCGACGUCUUGA